AAUAGCCAAGGAACAAGGUUAUUCAUUUGAAAAUUAUACCAUUCAAACCGAAGAUGGUUAUCUCUUAGGAGUAGAAAGAAUUCCCUGCUCCAAAUCGAAUGAUGGAAAAGCAUGUCCAAUUGUUGUUCUAGCGCAUGGUUUGUCUGGUUCAUCUGUUGACUUUGUCAUACUCCGUAAUGAAUCCUUGGGUUUAAAUCUCUCCGAUCUUGGUUUCGAUGUAUGGUUCCUCAACUUCCGUGGUAACUUUAACUCUCGCAAACAUGUCAAACUUAACCCGGAUGUCCUUGUUGGAAAAUUCUGGGACUUUUCAUUCCCCGAAUUGGGUACCAAAGAUCUUCCAGCCGUAAUUGAUUUCAUUCGCAAUGAAACUGGACAAGAUGAAAUCCAAUUCAUUGGCAACUCUCAAGCAGCAGCAGCUUUAUUUGUCUUGUGUAUUGAAAAAGAAGAAUAUCAAAAAUACAUUAAGUCUGCACAUUUGAUGUCACCGGUAGUAUAUGUUAACAAAUUAGACAGUGUAACCCUUAAAGUUGGAAGUAAGGCUAUAGCGCUAAUACAGCCAUUACCAUCUCUUGCUGCAAAUACUGAAUUUAGACCAAAUGGAACGAUCACAAAAUUAGUUGGUAAUGCAUUUUGUAAUGAUGAACCUCGUAUAUUGUGUUCGGAUAUACUUUUCGUAUUAGCUGGAUUUAAUAAUAUCACCGUAGAACCUUCUAUUUUAGGCGAUGUACUUGGCACAACUCCGGCUGGUCUUUCAACCAAGUGUUUGUUGCACUAUUUCCAAUUACAUGAUAGCAAAAAAUUCUGCCAAUACGAUUAUGGUUUGGUAGGAAACUUAAGAAGAUACAAUAGCAGAAAUCCACCAGAAUAUGAUCUUAGCAAGAUCAAUAUACCUGUGUUUUUGUAUUCCCCCGAAUUCGGUAAAAUUAUUCAUACAGAGGAUGAUGAGAGAAUGGCUAAAGAACUUCCAAAUGUGAAACGAGUAUAUAACAUGAAGAACAACUCUACACUCCUGUCUCCAAUAUAUUCACCAUUUGCCAAAAGCGAUCUGUAUGAUAUUCUUUUGGAAGAUGUUACGUCAGUUGAGUGAAAAAGGAAAGCACAUUUAUUUUUUGAUUUUCAAAAUGAAAUAAAUGUUAAAUUCAUUGCUAAAUCUCUCAAAACAAAUAAAGCAUUAAAAAAAUAAUAGUUUUUACUUUUUUCACUUUCAACUCUAAACCAUUGUUGCCCAUUUUGACGUGAUAAAGACUUAUAAAUCGAUGAACCAUGGCAGCAUCCAUGAAAAAUUGACGCCAUUUUCUCCCGUUCCACUUGAAAUUUUUAGCAGCUCGGCUAAAAAUUAACUAUUGGAGAUACAAAAAUUUUCUAUAGCUUAUUUGAAUUAUAAUGAUAAAAAGGUGUUACCUACAUGUAUAAAAGACUUCUCAGUCUAAUGAUUGCCAGACAAACCGCACUUUGCAAAAUGAACGCUUGUCUAGUUUUGGGUCUAUUUGCCUUGAUUGGGACAGGUUUUGCAGCUGACAGAAUCACAACGGAAAAGAUAGCCAAGGAACUAGAUUAUCCCUAUGAACAUUAUACCGUUCAAACAGAAGAUGGUUAUCUCUUAGGAAUUGACAGAAUUCCCUGCUCCCAAUCGAAUGACGAAAAACCAUGCCCAAUUGCUUUACUGGCGCAUGGUAUUUCUGGUUCUUCUAUUGAUUUUUUGUUGCUUCGAAAUGAAUCCUUGGGUUUUCUUCUUGCUAACGCUGGUUACGAUGUUUGGGCUAUCAACUUCCGUGGUAACGUAAACUCCCGCAAACAUGUCAACCUCAAUCCAGAUGCCCUUAUUGGAGAUUUUUGGGAUUUCACAUUUCACGAAAUGGGUACCAAAGAUCUUCCAGCAACAAUUGAUUUCAUUCGUAAUAAAACUGGACAAGAUGAGUUUCGUUUCUUUGGCAACUCAGAAGGAGCAACAGCUUUCUUUGUGAUGUGUUCUUUGAAAGAAGAGUAUCAAAAAUAUAUAAAGUCGGCCCAUUUGAUGACACCGGUAGCAUAUCUUGAAGAUUUGAGCAGUGUUUACCUUGAAGUUGCAAGUAAGGCUAUAAAACUUUUAAACCCAUUGGCAACUGUUACUGGAAAUAUGGAAUUUAGACCAAAUGGAACGAUCACAAAAUUAGCUGGUGCUGCAUUUUGUAAUGACGAACCUCGUAUAUUGUGUUCGGAUAUACUUUUUGUAUUGGCUGGAUUUAAUAAUGUUACCGUAGAACCUUCUAUUUUAUCUGAAGUACUUGAUACAACUCCUGCUGGAGUUUCAGUAAAGUGUUUAUUGCAUUAUUUCCAAAUACAUGACAGCAAUAUAUUCCGCCAAUACGAUUAUGGUUUACUAGAAAAUUUAAGAAGAUACAAUAGCAGAAAUCCCCCAAUUUAUUCACUAAACGUGAUUAAUAUUCCUGUGGGUUUGUAUUACCCUGAAAAUGGUAAAUUGAUUCAUACAAAAGAUGUUGUUAGAAUUGAGGACCAACUUCCAAAUGUGAUACGAGUGUAUGAAAUUAAAAAUAACGCUACAUAUUUAUCACCGAUAUAUUCUAAAAGAGCCAAAGAAGAUCUUUAUGAUUUGAUUCUGAAAGAUGUUGCUUCAAUUAAAUAAAAAAAGCAAUAUAAUUUUGAAGUAAUAUUUAUUUUGGCGCGUUAUA